CGACCUAAAAAUUCUGGAUCCGUCAGUGAGUGUAACUGAUGGGUUGAGUAUGGAGGUGACAACCAUGUCUGAGGCUCUGCAACUUCAUGCCCAAAUUCUGAAACUAGGUACUUCAAACAACGACGCUCCACGCAACUUCUCCAAGCUCUUCACCUUCGCCGCUCUCUCACCCUCCGGCGACCUCAACUAUGCUCGUCUUCUUCUCACCUCCAAUCCCGCUUUAAACUCUUACUACUACAACACCAUGCUCCGAGCUUAUUCUCUAAGUUCCGACCCGACCCAUCAUUUCCACGCUCUUUCUCUCUUCAUCUUCAUGCUCCGACGACCCACCCACGGUGUUCCCGCACCGGACAACUUCACUUUUCCCUUCGUGCUCAAAUGCUGUGCUCGUUUGAAGCUUGCCCGUCAAGGAAAACAGCUCCAUGGUUUCAUUACUAAGAUGGGUUUUGGCUCUGAUUGCUAUAUCAUGAAUGCGCUGAUCCACAUGUACUCUGUGUUUGGUGAUUUGGGUGUUGCGCGUGAACUGUUUGAUAGAAUGCCUGAUAGAGAUGUGGUUUCUUGGACGUCGUUGAUUGAUGGGCUUGUUGAUCAUGAUCGCCCUGUCGAGGCAAUUGAGCUGUUUGGGAGAAUGUUGGAAGCGGGAGUUGAGGUGAAUGAUGCUACGGUGGUGUCUGUUUUGAGAGCGUGUGCGGACUCGGGAGCAUUGAGCAUGGGGAGGAAAGUGCAUGGGAUUGUGAAGGAAAAGAAGAGAAUUGAAUGUAAGUGUAAUGUUAGCACUGCGCUUAUUGAUAUGUAUGCGAAAAGUGGGUGUAUAGAGAGUGCUAAGAAGGUAUUUGAUGGUGUCGUGGACAAAGAUGUUUAUGUUUGGACUGCAAUGAUUUCUGGCCUUGCUAGCCACGGGCUAUGCAAGGAAGCUAUUGACUUGUUUCUUGAAAUGGAAACAUGCAAUGUGAAACCUGAUGAGAGGACUAUGACAGCAGUUUUAUCAGCAUGUAGGAAUGCAGACUUGGUUCGUGAAGCUUACAUGGUUUUCAGUGAUAUGAAGAAGCGUUACGGUAUAGAACCUACAAUUCAGCAUUUUGGUUGUGUAGUGGACCUUCUUGCUAGAGCAGGGUGUUUGAAGGAAGCUGAAGAUUUCAUGAAUGCAAUGCCUAUGAAACCCGAUGCGGUUCUUUGGAGGACCCUGAUAUGGGCCUGCAAAGUUCAUGAGGAUACUGAAAGAGCUGAGCGUUUGAUGAAGCAGCACCUUGAGAUGGGUGUGGAUGAUAGUGGAAGUUACAUACUAGCUAGUAAUGUCUAUGCUUCGGUAGGGAAGUGGUCUAACAAGGCAGAGGUUAGAGAGUUGAUGAAUAAAAAGGGACUCAUAAAGCCACCAGGGUCUAGUAGGAUUGAAGUUGAUGGGGCUUUACAUGAGUUUGUGAUGGGAGAUUAUAAUCACCCUGAAGCAGAUAACAUAUUUGUCAAAUUGGAUGAGAUGGUAGAUAAACUUAAAAAAGAAGGGUAUAAUCCGAAAUUAUCAGAGGUCUUACUCGAGAUAGAUGAUGAGGAAAAAGCCACCCAGUUGCUUCACCAUAGCGAGAAGCUAGCUCUUGCUUAUGGACUGAUAAGGACAAGUCAGGGGUCCAAAAUCAGGAUUGUCAAGAACCUAAGGUCUUGCGAAGACUGUCACGAGUUUAUGAAACUAAUCUCUAAGAUAUACCAAAGAGAUAUCAUUGUGAGAGACAGAAUUCGUUUCCAUCAUUUCAAAAAUGGAGAUUGCUCUUGUAAGGAUUAUUGGUAGCACGAGAAUGGUAGUUGGAUGGAAUGUUGUAACAUGUAAAAGGAAAACUUAAAAGAGAAAUAACUAUGCAGAGUCCCAUGAGUUGCUUGCUUUGAUGACUAAUUCGGCCAUGGACAAAUGCAAAUGCCAAGGGAUAUUACUGGCCGUAUGGAAUGAUUGCAGGUUUUAAACAUAACUCAUGAACUAUAGCCCUGUUCUUUUUUCGGUCUAGUACAAGUAUCUUUUACGGGAGGCAAUCCCAUUCCAGCCGAGAACACCCACAUUCUAGUGGGGCUAGCUCUCCUAGUGGGAGUUUUUUCUUCUAUGACCCUGCUCUGAUCAAAUGUCAAUGAAGAAAAGUGUGUUUAUGGAUAAACUCACUAUGUUGGAUAAUGAGCAAUGCAUUCGAGAUGGGCUACACUUUGAUCCAUAGUCCAUGGAAAAUGUACAUAUUAAGAGUAUAUAUUAGUCAUAUCGGAGGGUUGGAGAGGCAGAACAGCUUUCAUUCUAUGCAAUUUCUUUGGUCGGAUAAUGUUAGAGAUUUGCAGGUGUUCUCGGCAGGAAGCAAUCUCAAUCGAGUUAAGAACAUGCACAUCUUGGUUGGCUAGCUCUCCAUACACAAGACUCAAGCGAUAUUUGCUUAAAGAGAAUGUAGGCUACCACUUGAACCAACCACAACGUUCCUCAAAGACAGAAUGGUGCAUAUCACAGUGACGUGGUCAGCCGGUGUAUUGAUAUAGGUCAGUCUACAUGAAGGAACAGUUUUACCAGUUAAUUUUUCUAUAAAACUGCAAGCCCAAAGUGAAAUGGAUAUCCGAAUAUACUGUCUCCAAGUCCAAUUGAGCAAUGGCCUUUUACCCCUCUAAUGAUGUAGUGUUAAUUUGGUGGUCACGUAUCACUUAAACACCAUGUUAUACAUGCAAUUUAUAUAUUUUUUAUCGUUUAACCCAUCUUUAAUUAA